GCGAUCGGAAACCACCUUCCCUACUCGCGCCACAAUGCGGGGGGCCUCCACCGGAAUCGUCUACGGCGGCCUCAAGUACCAGGCCCGAUGCAUCGCCGACGUUAAGGCCGACGUUGACCACACCAGCUUCCUCGCCGGAACUCUCAGCCUCAAAGAGGAAAACGAGGUGCAUCUGAUCCGACUUUCGCCGUCAGGAUCGGAGCUCAUAUGCGAUGGUCUCUUCUAUCACCCAAACGAGAUCUGGGAUCUCAAGACUUGCCCAUUCGAUCCCAGGAUUUUCUCUACAGUGUUCACUUCUGGUGAAGCAUAUGGGGCUUCUGUUUGGAAGAUUCCUGAGCUCUAUGGACAGUCGAAUGCCCCACAACUCGAACAAUUGGUCUCCCUUGACAAGCAUUCUUUUAAGAUCAAGUGCGUCCUUUGGUGGCCAUCUGGGAAGCAUGAUAGACUAAUCAGCAUUGAUGAAGGAAAUCUUUUCCUUUGGAGUAUAGAUUCGUCCAAUAAAGUAGCCAAGGUAAGCUCCUUAAAGAACCUUCUAUUAUCUUUAGAAAGACUAAUGGUUGUGCUAUUAGGUUCCUUUGUGAUAUGA